AUGCGCGUCUUGGGUCAGAGGACACCGACCAUUACUCACAUAACACAGAAACCCAUCAAAGACGUCGGGGGAACUGUGGAGUUGACUUGUACGGUACUGUACUCUCAAGAGUUUCCGGUUAUUUGGACAAAGAUCAACAGCGAACACAGCAUAGAGCCCGUCACCAUAUCCUUGGGCGGUACUCUGGUCCUCAAGGACACCAGAUUCGAACUGCUGCAAAAAGGCGAUAGUUUCACCCUUCAGAUAAAACAAAUACAAGAGACGGACGCCGGCAUAUACGAGUGUCAAAUAUUGAUGGGUCUCAGUAGUAAAAUAACCGCCGAAGUGGAACUGGAAAUCCGCCGUCCUCCCGUCAUAUCCGACAACUCCACCAGGUCGUUAAUCGUCAACGAAGGGCAAGCCGUCAAACUGGAAUGUUAUGCCGGCGGUUUUCCUGUGCCCAGAGUGUCUUGGCGAAGAGUCAACAACGGUAUCCUAUCGACCGGCCGAUCGAUUUACAGGGGAAAUAUUCUGCACAUCCCUCGUGUAACCAAAGAAGACCGUGGAACGUACUAUUGUAUCGCCGAAAACGGUGUUGGACGAGGUGCCCGUCGCAAUAUAGCCGUGGAAGUGCAGUUUGCUCCCGUCAUUAGUGUCCCUAAACCACGUCUAGGCCAAGCUCUCCAGAGCGACAUGGACUUGGAGUGCCACGUCGAAGCUUAUCCGCCACCAGCCAUUUCGUGGGUGAACAACGGCGUACAACUUUUGAACAACCAACAUUACAGGAUAUCUCAUUUCGCCUCGUCCGACGAUUAUACCGACACGACCAUUCGUGUGAUUACCAUUGAAAAACGACAAUACGGAGAUUACAUCUGCAAAGCUUCCAACGUUUUGGGGACUACCGAAGCGGUCGUCCAUCUAUACGAAACUAUUAUUCCGGUAUGUCCGCCGGCGUGUGGCUAAAUACACCGCUCUAAUAUUAUCUCUUAGUCGACUUGGGAAAAAAAUAUAUACUUACCAUAAAUUGAAAAUUGCCUAUUAAC